AUGGUUAUGAUUGGUUUGAAAUUAAUGGGACAAUUACCAUUUCAUACUGUCUAUUUACAUGCUAUGGUUCGUGAUGCUCAUGGCAAAAAAAUGAGUAAAUCUUUGGGUAAUGCAAUCGAUCCAGUAGAUGUCAUCAAUGGAAUAUCUUUAGAAGAUUUACAAAAACAAUUAGAACAAGGUAAUCUUGAUCCAAAUGAAUUAACACGUGCUCGUCAAGCUCAAGCAAAAGAUUUUCCUAAAGGUAUUCCUGAAUGUGGAACUGACGCUCUACGAUUUGCUUUAUGUGCUUAUACAGCUCAAGGACGAAAUAUCAAUUUGGAUAUAAUGCGUGUACAAGGCUAUCGAUUUUUCUGUAAUAAAUUAUGGAAUGCUGUUCGUUAUGCGCUAUUUCAUUGUUUACAUAAAGAAUUUAUACCACCGGAUAUGUCUGAUUUAAAUAGUCUAUUCAAACAAUUUAUACAACAUAAUUUAUUAUCUGGUACAGAUAGAUGGAUUUUAUCAAGAUUAGCUUAUGCUGUCAUUCAAUGUAAUACAGGAUUUACAGAAUUUCAAUUCCCUAUAGCUACUACUGCUUGUUAUCAUUUUUGGUUAUAUGAAUUAUGUGAUGUUUAUUUGGAAUAUACCAAACCUAUUAUUAGAUUAAAACAGAAUAAUUCAAAAUUGUCUAAUAUGGAAAUGGAACGUAUUCAAUUAGUUUGUCAAAUUCUUUAUGUUUGUUUCAAUUGUGGUCUACGUUUAUUACAUCCAUUUAUGCCAUUUAUUACAGAAGAAUUAUAUCAACGUUUAUUAACUAGAAAUAGUCCUAAUAAUAAUGAUAAUAAAACUGUAAAUAGUAUGGAUAGUCUAUGCGUUAAAUCCUAUCCUAAACUCAGUGAUGUAAAUAUAUUACAUGAUGUAAAUGGAGUUGAAACAGAUUUUCAUCUUGUAUUAAAUAUUAUUCAUCGUAUACGUGGACUUAUUUCAGCUUGUCAUAUACCAAUUUCACUUGCAAAUCGUCAACCUUUAAAUGUUCAAUUAAUUGCAUCUGAAACUAUCUUAUCUACUCUUAUUAAUGGACAAUAUGUAACUGAUGUAAUUGAACCAUUAGGUCGAUGUCGUGUUAUACAAAUGGUUUCUGAUCGUAAAAAUAUUAACACUUCUGGUUGUGUUAGUGGAACAGUAUCAGCAAGUGAUAUUUUAUGGUCCAACGAAGAGUCACCUGUUAAUACAGUUCCCGAAGACAAUGACGAUGAUGAUGCUAGUCACUUAAAUGGUGAAAUCUAUGUUCCGAUGAUCAAUCAAGUUCUGUCAACUUGUCAAAUAUUUCUACAUGUCGCUGGAUUAAUUGAUGUAUCAUUAGAACAGAAACGAUGUCAAGAUCGUUUAGUAGAGUUGAAAGAUUCCAUUGAAAGUUUAGAGAAAAAACGUCAGCAUCCAACGUAUUCUGAGAAAGUACCAAUGAAAACUCGAUUGAUGGAUACGAAAAAGUUAUAUGAAUUAAAUAUAGAAUUAGAAGGAUUAAAUGAAGUUAUGAACAAUCUAAAAGAUAUUAAACAAAUCAAUACAAAUGAUUCUUCAAUGACACUUGGUGAAAUACUUUUCAAUGCUUUAUGUCAUUAUCUUAAUAUACAAGAAAAUUCAUCAUUAAUACCAUCGAAUCUAUUUGAUCUUGAAGCGAAAAUUGACAGUAUUCUAACCAAUGAAUUAAAAGGAGGCGAUCAACUGUUACAAUAUUGUAAAAUUAAACAAUGGUUGUCAUGGAGUAUAAAACUAUUAUCAUUCAAUCAUAAAAUUGAUUCAAAACAAUAUUCAAUUUAUAGAGAAAUGGUUGAAAAUUAUUUAACUUAUUAUAAAUCAUACUAUUUAACUGGUACAAAUUAUCCAACAAUUGCUGAUAUCUCUGUUGCAUAUACAUUAACACAAUAUAUAGAUUAUAAUGAAUGGAUUAAUUUAAAUAAUAAUAAUAAACAAUAUGUUGUUAUAUGGUUUGACAAAUUGAGAAAUUAUUUCAAUCAAUCAAAUAAAAUGCGAUCACUUUUCAAAUGA